AUGCUAUCUAAACAGCCUGACCUACAUGAUAAUUUAGAUGAUGAUUUAGAGAAUAAUACUGAUUCAGAUAAAGAAGCUAAUGAUCAAGAAAGUACAAAUAAAGAGGAUGAAAAGGAUGAAA